CCGGCGAGGGGCGGGCGCGUCCAGACGGAGCUGAGCCGCGAUGGAAUUAGCCCCGCGGCGGCGUAAGCCUAUCCAGAAGCGAGCACGGCCGCGGGGCGCUCUGGUUCCUCGAGCCGUGUGCUUGCCCCAUGGCUACCACAGGGCUACACGAUAUUCCUCUGCUCCCUGGCUCCCCACGCCGCCUGAGUCCUCGGGCAGUGGCCAGAGGGGGUCAUGCGCAGCGGUACCUCAAGGUGCCAGGUCCCCAGGCCCCAGGCCCACAGGACAACCACAGUUCUGGCCAUACCUCCGAUGCAGAGAGCUCCUGCAGCAGCUCUGUCAUCAACAACUAUCUGGAUGCCAAUGAGCCAGUGUCCUCGGAGGCCCGUGUGAGUCGCAUGCACUUCCAUGACAACCGGAGGAAGGUAGACUAUGUGCUUGCCUACCACUACCGGAAACGUGGAGCACACCCAGGCCAAGGGUCCCCUGGCCACUCGCUGGCCAUCAUCUCCAAUGGGGAGACAGGCAAGGAGCCACAUGCCGGUGAUAUCGAGCUGGGGCCCCUUGAUGCCCUGGAGGAGGAGCGGAAGGAGCAGCGGGAGGAGUUUGAGCACAACUUGAUGGCAGCUGGACUGGAGCUGGAGAAGGACUUGGAGAGUAAAAGCCAGGGAUCCGUCUUUGUCCGGAUACACGCCCCGUGGCAGGUGCUGGCCAGAGAGGCAGAAUUCUUGAAGAUCAAAGUUCCCACCAAGAAAAUGUAUGAGAUCAAGGCAGGGGGCAGCAUCGCCAAGACGUUCAAUGCGAUUCUGCAGAAGUUGAGCUCACCCCUGCAGCCUCGAGUUCCAGAGCACAGCAACAACCACAUGAAAAACCUCUCCUACCCAUUCUCCAGGGAGAAAAUGUACCUGUACAAUAUCCAGGAAAAGGACACCUUCUUCGAUAAUGCUACCCGCAGUCGCAUUGUGCAUGAGAUUCUGAAGCGCACAACCUGUUCUCGAGCCAACAACACCAUGGGUAUUAACUCUCUGAUCGCAAACAACAUCUAUGAGGCUGCCUACCCUCUUCAUGACGGUGAAUAUGAUAGUCCGGGGGACGACAUGAAUGACAGAAAGCUGCUGUACCAGGAAUGGGCACGCUAUGGGGUGUUUUAUAAGUUUCAACCCAUUGACCUCAUCAGAAAGUAUUUUGGAGAAAAAAUUGGACUGUAUUUCGCUUGGCUGGGAUUAUAUACGUCUUUCCUCAUCCCAUCUUCUGUGAUUGGGGUGAUCGUGUUUCUUUAUGGAUGUGCAACAAUCGAAGAAGAUAUUCCCAGCAAAGAGAUGUGUGACCAGCAGAAUGCCUUCACCAUGUGUCCCCUGUGUGACAAGUCUUGUGAUUACUGGAACCUCAGUUCAGCCUGUGGAACGGCACGAGCCAGCCACCUGUUUGACAACCCUGCCACUGUCGUCUUCUCCAUCUUCAUGGCUCUGUGGGCUACUAUGUUUCUGGAAAACUGGAAGAGACUACAGAUGCGCCUGGGCUACUUCUGGGACCUGACUGGAAUAGAAGAGGAAGAGGAACAUUCCCGGCCCGAGUAUGAAACUAAAGUGCGAGAGAAAAUGCUAAAGGAGAGUGAUAAGUCAGUGGUGCAGAAAUUAGAUGCAAACACCGUUGGGAGUGAAGAUGAGGAUGAUGAAGAUAAACUGACUUGGAAAGAUCGUUUCCCAGGUUACUUGAUGAACUUUGCCUCCAUAUUGUUUAUGAUUGCUCUGACAUUCUCCAUUGUCUUUGGGGUGAUUGUGUAUCGGAUCACAACUGCAGCUGCCCUGUCUCUCAACAAGGCCACCCGUUCCAAUGUGCGAGUGACAGUGACGGCAACGGCAGUCAUCAUCAACCUUGUGGUCAUCCUCAUCCUCGAUGAAAUCUAUGGUGCUGUGGCCAAGUGGCUCACCAAAAUUGAGGUUCCAAAAACAGAACAGACCUUCGAAGAGCGUUUGAUCCUCAAGGCCUUCUUGCUGAAGUUUGUCAACGCUUACUCCCCCAUCUUCUAUGUGGCCUUUUUCAAGGGGAGGUUUGUGGGCAGGCCUGGAAGCUACGUCUAUGUGUUCGAUGGUUACCGCAUGGAAGAGUGUGCCCCGGGAGGCUGCCUCAUGGAACUCUGCAUUCAACUCAGCAUCAUCAUGUUGGGGAAGCAGCUGAUCCAGAACAACAUCUUUGAGAUUGGAGUCCCAAAACUAAAGAAACUGUUUCGGAAACUGAAAGAUGAGACCGAACCUGGAGAAACUGACUCUGCCCAUUCAAAACAUCCGGAACAAUGGGACCUGGACUACAGCCUGGAACCCUACACGGGACUGACCCCAGAGUACAUGGAGAUGAUCAUCCAGUUUGGUUUCGUUACCCUCUUUGUGGCUUCCUUUCCUCUGGCACCUGUUUUUGCCCUGCUCAACAAUGUCAUCGAAGUACGGCUUGAUGCAAAGAAGUUUGUGACGGAGCUGAGACGACCAGAUGCUGUGAGAACCAAAGAUAUUGGAAUUUGGUUUGACAUUCUUUCUGGAAUCGGCAAGUUCUCUGUUAUCAUCAACGCUUUUGUCAUUGCUGUCACAUCCGACUUUAUCCCUCGCCUGGUGUACCAGUACUCCUAUAGUCACAAUGGGACCCUGCAUGGCUUCGUCAAUCACACCCUCUCCUUUUUCAACGUCAGCCAGCUGAAGGAGGGAACACAACCAGAAAACUCACAGUUUGACCAGGAGGUUCAGUUCUGCAGGUUUAAGGAUUACCGAGAGCCACCAUGGGCCCCGAACGCGUAUGAGUUCUCCAGACAGUACUGGUCUGUUCUCUCUGCCCGUCUGGCUUUUGUCAUCAUCUUCCAGAACCUUGUGAUGUUCCUGAGUGUCCUUGUUGACUGGAUGAUACCAGACAUCCCCACAGACAUCAGUGACCAGAUCAAGAAGGAGAAGAGUUUACUGGUGGAGUUCUUCCUGAAAGAGGAGCAUGGCAAGCUCAAGGUGGCUGAUGAUCCAGCCCAGUGGAGCCCUGGAGGUGUGAACCAGAGCAGGGGGAGCCGAGCAGCCAGCUCAGCACCCUUGGGCCGAAGCCAACUGAGCAGCAGAGCCUCAUCUGGUUCCCAACACACCAACGUGUGAGCAGCCCGCCCCCCUGCACAAGAGGAUGCUGCAGUGGCCAGAGGCACACACGUGCCGUGUCUGCACACCCAUGCCAGUGUGCCGUCUGGACUGGGCUUGAGGGCGUCUUGGAAAGGGAAUGCAUGUGAAACAGAAAGGGAGAGAGAUGAAGAGAGCGCAAGAAAGAAAAUUAAUGCUGCUUAGAAAUUUUGAGUUUCAGUUUUUUGUAGGUCCUGUUUUGAGAGGUUAGGGCCACUGGGGUCUCCACCCAGGAGUUCCCAGGCACCAGGCACCUUCCCAUGUUCCCUGAGUUGACCUCUUCCACGUCAACAUCACAUCACUGAAGAUGUCUGCAGACUGCAAUGGAAGGGCAGUAAAGGCCCCUUCCUAGCCCCCAUCAGUAAGGGAUCACCCCUUGUCCAGUGUCAAUCCUGAAAAAAUUUCUCUGAUUCACUGGCACUUGGGGCUGUCACAGCAGAUCGAUUGAUAGAGCUGACUUGUAACCCCUGGACCCAAUAGUGAAGAGCAAAGUUCCAGCCUGGGUUUGGCCCCAUGGGUUCAUGUCACAAGGAUGCUUGGAGCUAAAUGCAGUUAACCAUCAAUUUAUGCAGGUCAGAUUUAAGUAAUAAAACAAAUGGAACUGUC